AUGGCCUUGGGCAGCAACAAUGGCAUCACGCCCCCGAUCUCGCUGGCGCCUCCGACGUCCUUCGACCACCAGCUCACGGCCGCGCUCGUCGAUACGCUGAAGCAAUGGAACCUGCACGAGAGCGAGGAUGGUGGCCGCCAGCGUGAGAAGGCGCUGAAUAUCGUUCGGGCGCUCGUCGAAGAGUGGGCGACCGCCGAAGCGGCCAAGCUGGGCGUGACGCUGGACGAGCCGGCGAUGGGCUUCUCGCAGAUCCGCACCUUUGGCUCGUACCGCCUUGGCGUCCAUAGCCCCGAGGCGGACAUUGACACGCUCUGCCUCAUGCCACGGCACUGCUUGCGCACGAGCUUCUUCCAGACGUUUCCGUCGCGCCUCCAAGAGCAUCCCGAGGUCGCGUCCGUGCAGAGCGUUCCGGACGCGUACGUGCCCGUGAUCAAGUUCAAGCUCUCGGGCAUCUCAAUCGACCUGCUCUUUGCGACGCUCAACGUCGCCGCCGUACCUGUCGACAUUGACGUACUUGACAUCAAGUACCUCGUGGACGUCGACGAGCCGGGCGUCCGUAGCUUGAACGGCUGCCGCGUCGCCGAGAUGAUACUGCAGCUCGUGCCCAACAUUGAGCAGUUCCGCAUCACGCUCGUUGCUGUCAAGCACUGGGCCCGGAUGCGCGGCAUCUACUCGAACGUGCUCGGGUUCCUCGGUGGCGUCAACUGGGCGAUCCUCGUCGCGCGCGUCUGCCAGCUGUACCCGCAGUCGCUCGCGGGCACGCUCGUGACCAAGUUCUUCCGCGUCUACCACCAGUGGACGUGGCCCAACCCGAUCCUGCUCAACCGCAUCGACGAAUCGCUGGGCGAUCUGAGCAUUCCCACGUGGAACCCGAAGCUCAACCCGCGGGACCGGUCCCAUCUCAUGCCGAUCAUCACACCAGCGUACCCCGCGAUGAACUCGUCCUACAACGUGCUCGAGUCGACGCUCGCAAUGAUGAAAUCCGAGUUUCGGUCGGCCGCGGCCACGUGCGUCGACAUUGAAAUCCAGAGUGUGCCAUGGGAAGACCUCUUCGAAGACUCGAGCUUCUUCAAGCGAUGGGACCACUUUUUGCAGCUCGACGUGCUGGCCGCGACCCCGUCGUUUCCUGCGUGGUUUGGCUGGGUCGAGUCCCGCCUGCGCCAGCUCUUCUCUCGGCUGGAGCAGGUGCCCGAUGUGCAAAUCUUCCCCUUUGCUCGCGUCUUUGACCUGCCUCCCGAGGUGCUCGAAGAAGGCUGUAGCGGUGGCAGCCUCUUCAUCGCGCUCAACUUUACCGUGCCCCGGGGCGCGACCCGCUUCUCCGUGGACCUCACGGCGGCCGUGCAGGAUUUCGCCGCGCUCGUCGACACGUGGCUCGGUCGCAGCAGCGACAUGGACGUCACCGUGCACUACAAGCGGCGGUCUGCGCUGCCGGCGUGGGUGGGCACGCAGACCCAGCGCCUCAUGGAGAACGGCAAGCGGCGGACGGCGUGCGUCGCGGACGAAGAGACGCCGCACAGCACCGUCUCGAGUCCCAAGCGGCGCAAAAGGUACGUCCAGCCGUAA